UUUUUUAUUUUUAUUUUUUUUAUUUUUUUUAUUUUUAUUUAUUUUAGUUUGCUUAUUUAAUUUUAAACCAAGGGUAUUAUAGAUAUUUUACCCUUUAAUGAAUGUCAUUUUUGUGACUUUCUCCUUCUAGUGCUAUUUUUGAGACAUAAACUUCAAAAGGUGCUAUUAUUGACAAUUGCCCUAUAUAUAUAUACACUUUACCCUUGGAGAGUUAUCCUAUUGAUUUGUUAGAUUACUUGGAUAUAAAGUAAACCUUAUGUAUCUCUCUCUUCAUCAACACAAGAAUGUCUAAACAAGAAUGCAUGAGCAUGGAACCGCUGUUGUACCACGACGUCGUAGAGUGCAUCAUGGAGAUGCUUCCGGUGAAAUCUCUACUAAGAUUCAAGGCUGUAUCAAAACAAUGGCAAUCAACAAUAGAAUCACGAUACUUCCAAAAGAGUCAGUUAAAUCAUCGUGAGCAAUCACGAGAUCGAGAUGUCCUCAUGGUGUGCAUACACUAUUUGUCUUUACCACUCGGAACCUAUGAUGUUGGUUUCGGUAAGGACAAGUUCACGGGCAUAAACAAGCCUGUUUGGCUAGAAGCUACUACAUGCGAACUUUUUGACUUUAGCACCAAUACUUGGAGGUUUAUUACCACUGCCUCUGCUCCUUAUUGGAUUAGUAGUUACUAUGAUCCUGUGUAUGUAGAUGGGAAACUUCAUUGGUUUACUCAAUGCAAAGAGACCAAAGUUCUAUCUUUGGAUCUUCACACCGAAACUUUUCAAGUCAUAUCUAACGUUCCAUUUGCCAACGUAGUUCCUUACAAUAACAAUAUUGUCAUGUGCAACCUUGAUAACCGCUUGUCCGUAUCCCAGAAGAUGAUGUCCGAGCAAGUGAUAUGGUUGUUUAGUUCAGGCAACAAGACAUGGAACAAACUGUGUUCCAUAGAUUUGGAGUUGACUUCUUUGCAGUUUGAUAUUCAUAUCUCAAUCCCGUUAUUGCCACUUGCACUUUGGGAGAGGAGGAAGAAGAAGAAGUUGCUGCUUUGUCCUACAGAUUUUGGUAGAACACUGGUGAUACAUGAUCUUGAAACAAAAUCAUAUGAUGCUCCUUUUUCUGCUGAAUCCAUUGGAUAUCAUGUUUGUUAUUUCCAGAGUCUAAUCUCUAUUUUAUAAUAAUGAUGAUACAGUUAUUGUUUUCUUAUUCUAGUGAGAUAUGGGGUAGACAUUAAUGAGCUCUUGCAGUUUGUAUACCACUUCUUUCAGUUUGACGUUUCUUUAGUCUCAUUGUGACAAUUUUUAUUGGAAAUAGGCAGUAUCAAAACAACUAGUAAGCUCUCCUAAACCAAACAGAGAUAUAUAUUGCAUGAAGGAUAGUGAUUUAUAGUUUAGUUCUCAAUUCAUUGUAAUUUUGUCAUAAACAACGACAAAGACCUAAUGACACUGACCAAAUUAAUGCCAAACUUUUAUCUCCUUUUGGAAGCAUCAACACAUGAGACAAGACAAAGAGAUUUAAUAAAAAAAA